AUGAGCAAGUUGAAAGAAGAAUCGUCUAAUUCCAAACCGGUCAUAAUCCGUCGAGUAUGGAGACACAACGUAGAAUAUGAAUUCAACCUCAUACGCCAAGUAGUUGAUCGAUAUUAUUUUGUUUCAAUGGACACUGAAUUUCCUGGUAUCAUUUAUUCAUCCAAAGUUGGUCGCUGUCACCUUCAACCUUACGACUUUUAUGAUUACUUCAAGGCUAAUGUUGAUCAUCUCAAUCUCAUUCAGCUGGGUCUCACUUUAUCGGAUGUAAAGGGCACCCUCCCAGAUUUUGGAACUGAUGCCUGCUAUGUUUGGGAGUUCAAUUUUUGUGAUUUCGACGUGGAACGCGACCUUCACAACAAAGAUUCUAUUGAUCUUCUCCGACGCCAAGGUAUUGAUUUCAACUGCAAUGUCAUUCACGGUGUGCAUUCCCUCCACUUUUCUGAGUUGAUGUUGAAGUCCGGGCUCAACUUUAAUAAAAAAGUGACUUGGGUGACAUUUCACGGCACCUACGAUUUUGGAUAUCUUGUGAAGAUUCUAACGCGAAAUAAUCUUCCAAAUAGCUUGGAAGAAUUUUUACAUGCGUUGAGAUUCAUAUUUGGAAGAAGUGUCUAUGAUAUAAAAUACAUGAUCCGUUAUUGCAAUGGACUAUAUGGUGGUCUCGAAUGUGUUGCUAGUAUUCUCAAUGUUGGUCGGAUUGUCGGAAAGUCCCACCAAGCCGCAUCCGACAGUUUGUUAAUAUGGCAUGCGUUUCAAAAGAUAUUACCCUUAUAUUUUAGCAACAACGAAGCUAAAAAUCAUGCUGGGAUGAUUUUUGGAUUAGAAGUUGUGUCUCAUUAA